CCCGUUCCUCCCGUCUCCACUACGGCCAACAUUCUGCAACAGUGGAUCUCUGCCUUCGUCAAUCUUUCUCCUAACUCACAAGCUCAGGGGGCUGCAGUGCUAGACAGCAUAGCCAGCACUAAAGUCUCUGGCGUCAGACCGAACGUUGCCCCCAUCUCAAAGGUCCUUUUUGACAGCUCAAAAGAGGUUGCUACCUCGAGCGGUCUGGAUUCAUCUUACAACUUUGGGAUCCAUCGUUUUAUUCAAGAUCUAGCGAACGCUGGUGAAUACUGUCCCUUGACGCUUUUCUCUAACAAGAACACAGAACACCUUCAUUGUGAGGGACAUUCCCUCAAACGCACCAAGGUGCACGUCAAUGGAGUAUCCCUCCAUCUGUUAGAUCUGUCGCAAUUUGAAAGCGAGUGGGACAUUGACCCUCUCACCUGGCAAGAGGCCUUUCAGCGUUAUCUAACAUGGAUUGCCGAUGUUGGUGACGCACAGGCCGUCAAGCGCUGGAACACUCACUUCACCACCCUUGCUAAAGAUGAAGCCGUUUGGAAGAAUUUUCGCGCCAUUCUCGAGUUCGAUAUCGAGACCAGGCAAAACUAUGCACUACGU